AUGUCUUUCGGCGGUAACAACAACAGCAGCAGCGGUAACAGAGGUGGCUACGGCGACUCUAACCAGGACCAGUCUACUUUUGGCAAGAUUGGUGACAAGAUCAAGGGUGCCCUUGGCUCUGACGACGACAAGCACGGCUCGUCUCAUGGUGGCUCCAGUUCUGGUAACUAUGGUUCCUCUGGUUCUGGCUCCGGUUCGGGCAACUACGGUUCCUCCGGUUCCGGCUCUGGAUCUGGCAACUACGGUUCCUCUCACGGUGGUUCCAGUUCUGGUAACUAUGGUUCCUCUGGUUCUGGUUCCGGUUCUGGAAACUACGGAUCGUCUGGUUCUGGCUCUGGCCAUGGCUCCUCUGGCAGAGGCGGCAAUGACUCUUACGGCUCCUCCGGUUCUGGUUCUGGCAACUACGGUUCCUCUGGCUCUGGCUCAGGUAACUUCGGUUCCUCUGGUUCCGGUUCUGGCUCUGGCAACUACGGAUCUUCUGGUUCCGGUUCUGGAUCUGGUAACUACGGAUCUUCUGGUUCCGGUUCCGGUUCUGGUAACUACGGUUCCUCUGGUUCUGGAUCUGGAUCUGGUAACUACGGUUCCUCCGGCUCUGGUUCAGGAUCUGGUAACUACGGUUCUUCCGGUUCUGGCUCUGGCCAUGGCUCCUCUGGCAGAGGCGGCAAUGACUCUUACGGCUCCUCUGGCAGAAGCGGAUACUAA